ACAGCUGCCAACCCUGAAACUUCAAAACCGCACCCCCUAAACAAUGGCCGGAAUGCCUGGAAAAAACUCCAUGAUAGCCCUGAACGAACAUUUCCAUUACAACAGCAAAAUCGCCCAGACCCUACAGCAAUUCCUCCCUCAAAACGAACGUAAAGUGAUCCAACUGUGGUUUGACAAGCUGAACCACAUGGACAAAACGUGCGACCAAAUGGUGAUCAGGAGCGACUACAUGUGGUUCAUCCUGUUGAUGUUACAGAACCGAAAAGUGAGGGAACCGUUUGACCAGUUGCCGCCCCCGCAGGUGCCGCCCCUGAAGAAUUUCGUGCCCCUGCAGGUUUACGAGGAGGUGCUGAUCGCCAACGAGCCCAACAUGGUUUACGAGGGUCCCGUGGGACUCGACGACUGAUUUUCUACGUAAUAAAUGGAGAUUUUUGACCCAC